UGCCUUGUUUUCCCUUUACCGGUUCUGUCUCAUUGUCCCAACCCCUCUCUCAGGCCCUUUGGCUGGGGAAGGGGCACGAACACCAGGCUGCAGGAGCAAAAGUUUGUCACUUUUUCAGUGGACAUUUGAUACUGAUGCACAGGAACAGGGACUUCACUCAUUGGUUAAAGGUGAUCUUCAAACUGGACUAUGAUGAGUGAAAAUAGAGAAAGAGGGUCAGGUUUCCGGGGGGACCUACUUUAGUUGUCACCAAUUUAAUCAGCAAUGCAAGCUGAGUUUGGACUGCAAGCUGAAAUCCUAGGGCCUGCAAAAGUACCUAGGUGCCUAAACUCCAACUUCCCACUAGGGAAGGGAAGGGAAGAGGAGAACAUGGAGGGAGCCACCAGGGCUGGGGAAAGGGGAAAGGCAAGGAAGUUAGAGGGUGGGGUAUGAGGGAAGGAAAAGAGGGCAGAAGAGAUACUGAGGGAGGAGGAGGAGAAGGGGAAAAGCUACAAAAGUAACAAUUCACUUCCCUCCUCCACCCCCCAAAUUCCUCAUGCGAAGUUUUGCCUUUGUCCUGCAUUUCUUUUAGUUCCUUCAAUGCCAACUUAGCCUUUUCUUUAGCUUUUACAACACUGCUCCUUCAGUUACUUUAUCGUUGCCUUGUUGUCCAUAUUAAAUACUUCCUGGAAAGCCUACAUUUCCCAGGGAAUCAGAAGGGGAACACCCAAGGGAGGGGAGAUGUAAUAUUAGGGACAUAAAUAGGCUUCUGUUACUUUCCCCCAUCACACACACACUGUCCUCUAGAGAGGAGAGAAAAAAAAACAUGGAUGCAGAAGGAGACACAACAGAUACUGGGGACCUUGGAAGAGGAAACAAAGGUGUGGUAUUAUAGGAGAGGAGAGAGUGAACAAGGAAGAAAGGGCAAAAAUACCAGAGAUCCUUGGGAAGGGCAAGGAAAAAAGACCUGGGUCCUUGAUGGGAGGAGGGAGAAAUUUAAGGUGGGGCACACAGAUUAGUAGGAGAAAGGGGAUGGAGAAAAAACUGAAAAAGAGGGAGAGCUGAUGGAACAAAAAUGACAAAGAAAUGAGGGGUGGAGUGAGAGAGCCGAGAAAACAGAAGAGGAAAGGGGCAACUAAGGAAGAAAAUGAAAAGUACAAACAUAAGAGAAAAGGAGGAUUGGGGAUGUGAAGGGAAAAACAAGUUAUUUGAAGAGAAAAGGAAAUCAGUAAAGAAGAAAAGCAGAGGGAUGAGAAGAAAGAUAGCCAUAAAGGAGGAAAAAGCAAAUGGAACCAGAAAAAGAUUGCAUAUAGGAGACAGAAAAAAUAGACAUGGAUGGAGACAGCAGAGCAGAAAUGCACAACUAAGUUUCAUGUACCUUCAUUUAGUGACAUUUCCAUAUUUUACAUGUAGCGCUUGCAGAGAGCAGAAAGAGAAGGGCCAGUGGAGUUCCUAUGGGGGUGAGUGGAUUGAAAAUUGUAGGAUUACUGUGUUAUGUAUUAAUUUUUUGGGGGGGAGAGGGUCGUUACAACCAUAUGAAUUCUCCCAGUUUGAACACUGACUAAAUCUCAGAAUACCCAAGUAAAUCAAGAUUCAGAACAUUAUCUGACUGAGGGUAAAUGCUUUCAGGAAAAAGUGACAGAGGUAUGUUUUCCCCUUUUCAAAGCAAUCUCUAUGGAGGAGGAGAACUGUGAGGAUUCUGACCAGAGAGACCCUGAAGAAGAAAAGCUUGCCAAGAAGGAAGAACUGGUGAAGAGACUCAAUGCCGUGGGACUGAGUUCAGAGUACUGGCUGCCCACGCUACAAGAUAAACAUGGGGUUACUUCUGCGCAAGCAUUGGAACACCUGCAAUAUGAAGACUACCUAAAGCUAGAGUGUCAGGUACAAUACCCAUGGGAAAAGCAGGCUCUCCGAACCCUACUUAACAUAGCAGAGAGCAAGGCAACAAUGAAGCAGCUGCAGGAGGAGCGUUUGGAAAGGCUAAAGAAGCAGAAAGAGCAGGUUAAGGCAGCACUGCAGGAACUAAAAGAAAUGCAACAUGAAGGCAAAAUCCACCACAACGAAGCUGUAAGAAGGAAAGAAGAAGAGCUAUGGGUGGCUAUGGAAAUACCCCAGGAGUAUUGGGCACCAUCUGAGAAACCUCUGAUGGAGGUGCUGGAUAAUGCGCAUAAGCAAUUAGGCCUCCUGGAGCAGUCGGUGUCCCAGAGUGAGAAUCUCCCUGAUGAGGAAGUUUUGAGACGGGUGUCAGGAGGGCUGGCCCUGCAGGGCAUUUAUAAAACUAACAAACUCUCAGAUAUGCUAGAGACACGAGAGCAGCUGGUCAAUAUCCCAGAAGGGUUCGAGCUCUUUGGUCCAGAGCAAGGGCCGCUGUUUGCGAACAAGGAAUUUUCAUCUGCAGAAGCAGAAUCCACAUUCACAAAGGCCAUGGAGAAGCUGGGCUUCAGCAUUAGUGUUGCAGCCAAAGGUGGAUUUGGGGGGUUUAGUGCUGAAACCAGCUCAGAUCACAGCAGCUCUUCAGAAUCUGAAGAAACCCACAAAUCCCGCUCUGAGCACACUUACAUUUGCACCACCAAGUACAGCUACAUCCCACUGACCUCAUGCUACUUCCCCAAGGAUCAGCUUCGACUUUCCAGUGCAGCGCUGCAAGAGUUAAAAGAGAUCGAGCAGGUUUUCAGUCACACCCCAGAGCCGGACAAGAUCAACAUGCUGAAGAGCAGGGGCGGGAGUUUCUUCAAGAGAUUCGGGUCUCAUGUAAACCAGGGCCCCCUUCACUUGGGUGGGAUAUUCUGGUGGAAAGCGUCUUCUGCGGGAUUCCGGGCAGAGCAGCUGGACGAGGUGAAGAAACAAACAUCUGAUGCACUCAGCUCCUAUGUUGAGGGCAGCUAUAGUGGCUUUAUGAUCAAUUUCAAACAAAAGCUGACUGAAAAAACAAAGAACUACAGUGCAUGGAUUAACAUUUGCCUGUCGGAUAAAGGGCUUCAAGAUUUCCUGGAAAAUACAGUUUCACUGUGCAAAGAUUUGCCGGCACAAAAUACUGUAUACAUCAGAUCUCGGCUGCGCUGCCUUCUGGACCCUCAUGUCUAUUCAGUUAAGAAUUUCCCCAAAUCUUCCUCUAUUAUGCAGUGGAUCUUUCGUGAAGAAAAAAAGCAGCAAAAAAAUAUGUCUAUAUCUGAAUUUGCUGAUUUUAUUCAAGUCCUACAGGAAAUGAAGGAUUACAUACAGGAAGUUACUUAUGACCCUAUGUCUUCUGCAGCAGCAGUGCAAGAAGCAAAGGAAAUAGCCACCUUAAAUGUGAGCUUAGCUUUGUCUUCCUUUCUGCAGGCUCUAAGAGAGCGAACGCAGACAGACAUCGAGCUGUUAUUACUCUCAGUUGCAGCCAGCACAGGAUACCGAGUGGAAAGUCACACUUUUCAGUAUCUCCUCGGGUGCCCAAAAAUUAACUUCAUGUUAAAGGAAAUGCAAACAGCACACGAGGAAUAUUUGAGUCACAGGGAUCAAAAUGUUUCCAGAGCUCAGGCUUCCCUGCUCUUGACAGGUCUGAGAGUGACAGCUGAAUUCAAAGAUGUAACUCCGGAGGAGAAGAAUAAACGUUUGACUUUUAUGAAACAUCACAUGGGAAAAUUACUGUCUAAUGAAAUAGCAAAUGUUCUUAAAAACCACAGUGCACGGAAUGAUUGGGACGUACUGGAAAGAGACUUAAAUUGCCUUUUAAAUCGGGAUUUUGAAGCUGCAAAUGAUAAUUUGCAGAAACAGGAUACAAUAAAAGAACUAGACGACAGCUAUCAACGAGCAAAACCAUCAAAAUUAGAACCAAAAGUGCAAUCUACUGAUCUUGAAAUAUGUGGAACUAUUGAAAACCAAGAGUUCCUUAAUUUAAUGAAGCGACUUGGACUUGAAAGGUACUAUCCUAGGAAAAUGGGGACAGACAGCUUCCAUAUAAUUUCCAAUAUCUCUUUACAUGACAGCCAGCCCAGCACAGAGGAUAAGUUGCCAUUUUAUUUUUUGAAAAAGCUGUUAAUGAUGGACUAUCGGGUCAGGUACUUGGUUUGUAAGGUUGACAGUAAAACAAAACCAAGUGUAACAAGAGUAUUGAACACCUCAAACAGAGGCAGUGACUCCUCAGGUACGUUUGAUGACAUUUUUAAUUAUUUCUGUGAAGGAACCAAUGAAUCUGCAGGAACAAGGCAGACACAUGUGCACCCAAUGGACAUCCAGAUGGCAAUUUUUCAUUGUGCAGAUGAUUUCAUGAGACAGUAUCUUUCAACAAAGCUCGCUUUCUGCCAGUUUGCGCUCCCACUUCUGGUGCCAGAUCCUUCUACUUCACAAAUAGAAUUCCCUGUUUUGGCCCUUAGCCAAGUUAAAAAGAGCUGGAAAGGUGCUGAAAAAUCAGGAGAGGAGACCAGCAUUAAAAAUUAUAACAAACUGAUGUAUCAGGCACAUACACACCUGGUGUCCUUUAUACGGAUUGGCAAUUCGCCUCAUUCUUCUAAGUCUCAGAUCCUGAAUGCUCUGCUAAGUAAGCACGACAUUUUUUUCCACCGUCACUGUAGAGGCAGCAGCAAAGAUUGUGUCCUGAUGAAUGGGGUUGUGGAAAUCUCCUGGUAUUGUCCAGGUGGAAAGGAUGACGAUAGAUUUGACAACUGCAUUGCCUUCACUAAUCUUCAUGGGGAUGCACGAGAGCACGAGCAACAAGUCACAUUUUUACAGGAGAUCGCUUCUAUAAAUGUGGUUCUCUUAUCAGAUACAGAUCAGAAUGAUGAGGGGGGCAAGCAAAUUAUCCGUGAUCUUUGGCAAUCUCAAAAGCCUUUGAUCUGCCUUUUUGCUGAAAAAGAGAACAUUGUGCCUGGUAAAUCAAGCCAGAAUGUAGGAAUAGGCAUCAAGAACAGAAACGAGGCAGAAUUAAUAGAUGAAAUAACAGCAACAAUCAGAGAUUUUCUGGCAGGCUCAAUUGCCACUUGUAGUCUUGAUGCUUGUGUAAAAACUGCUCGGCAGCAUGGCUUCCUCAUUGAUGAAGACAAGGAAGAGUGCAAGGAAGCCAAGUCAAAGGCAGAGGCAUUGAUGGGCCUCUUGCGAAAGCAUAGCUUACACAUUCAUUACUUUCCUCACCUCUGGGAAGGAAACCCACCGAUGGCACCUCCGAACCCCAGUUACAGCCAAAAUGUGCAGGAACUAAAGAGUAAUAUUCUCAACGCUGCCAAAAAGGAAUCUCAGGGCAAUGUUUUAAGGCUGUCAGAGUUAAAAAUCCGAAUCGGUGAUUUGUGGAAGGCUUUGUUAAAUGAGAAUUUUAUUUUCAGUUUUAAGAACACGCUGGAGAUUGCGGCCUACAACAGGUUAGAAACAAUGUUUAGCCAAUGGACCUGGCAGCUGAGAAGUCACAUGCUAGAGCUGCAGACAAAACUAAACAAUCAAAUCAGGAACAGAGAAAUGCUCCAAAUCACCAGAGAAAGCCUUGAAGAAGGAGUUAGAGAAAAAUAUGGUGCCAUCAUGGAUCAACUCGAAAAGUAUUUCAGUGAAGACCCAGAUGCUGAAAUAUUGAUUCAAUGGAAAGCAAACAUAGAAAUUAAACUGACAGAACUUAAAAUGUCACUUAUUGAUGAAACUAAGAGGAAAUCUGAAGAACUUAUCAGACUAAGGAAGAACCAAAGCAAACUGGAUGAAAGGAAGUCAGAAUAUGAAAAUGAGCUAUUCAAAAGGAGCCAAGAGUUGGCUCUGUCAUUCAAAGGCAAGAAAUUGAGUGAAAAUGAACUGAGAGAGAACUUUGACCGCCUAUGGGGAAAAUGGGUCUAUGAAGUGUCCUCUGAUGCCCCUUCUAUUGAAGAUCCUAAUAUCAGCCUUGAUAUAGAAAACAUCCUGCUCGAGCGUUUUAAACAGAAGUCUGGUGUAGCAAAAAGAAUUAAGGUCUAUUCUAGCAAGAAUAUGUUUUCCACUGAUUUUUUGAAGCAUAUCACCAUAAAGAGAGGAUGGCAUGUAUUCAAGAAGAAGACUUUAGAGAAGUGUGACAGAGACACCAUAGAGCAGGUUACAGACCACAUCACACAGCGGGUCAGAGCAAUGAUCGAUAGUAAAGAGCAGCAGAGACUGGAUUACAAUGCAAGUUACAUUCAUGAAAUACUGAAUAAAAUAAGACAAGAGGUGGACUCUGCAUCUAAUAACCCAAAGUACACAUUUAAUGAUGAUUACAUAAUAGAUUUAUCAGUGUAUUUAUGCAAAAUAGCAUCAGGAAGGUUUGAAAACCUGCACAGAGCAUUUAAAAAAGCAAAUGAUCCAAAUGACUACCUGGGGGGUAAAAGAGAAGAUUUCUUCAAGUGUUUUCAGAUUUCCUGCCAAGGAGCAACCUCUAUCACAACAUUUGCUGAUUUCCUAUGCACCAAGCUUUCUGCACCUCUCCGCCAGGCAGUCUAUGACAAGACUGCCAUUGACAUAGCCAGUGAGAUGAAGUCUAAACUUCCAGCUUUCAAUGGGAACAGAUUGAAUCUAGAAAACUCUAUUCUUGUAUAUCUGGCAGAGAAGGAAGACUUUGAGGAGUACAAGCGAUACAUUCAAUUAACAAAAUACUUUUUUGAGGAGUUUAUCAAGCAGCGCGUUGAUGAUUAUUGCUUAGACAAGAACAAUCCAAAACUGAAGAAUUCCCUAAAUAAUUCCCUUGAUUCUUUCCAUACUCUUGUCCUUUCAGCUAUUCGUGACGCAACUGAAGUUACUAAAGACAGACGUGGCAACGUAUCCUUAUGGCUGGAUGAAUUUUGCAGGAGACUGCUACAGCAUUUAACCCUUCCAAGAGAUGAUCUAAAAAGCAUUGAACAUCAGGAGGUAACAGACAUAGAGUUUCUUAAGGAAGCAAUGAGUAAAGCAUUGGCUCCUGUGGUAGAAAAUCUAAAACAAGACUUUGCUGUCAUUGAUUUGGAGCCAUUUUCAAGAAAACCACAUGAAAUACUAGCUGAACAGCUUGGUGGGUGCUGGGAGAAGUGUCCCUUUUGCACAGCUCCUUGCACAAACACCAUAGCUGGUCAUGAUGGAAAACACAGUGUUCCUUUCCAUCGGCCUCAAGCUGUGGCUGGCUGGUAUUUUCAUACAACAGACAAUCUAGUUCCUGUUAUUUGUUCCAGUCUUGUAGCAAGUGAUAAACACUAUAGACUUAGUGUUAGUGAAGACCGACUAAUUCCAUACAAAAAGUACUGGGAAGGAGGACCGCCUUAUUCUGACUGGAGAAUCACAGCAGACAUGUCAGAGCAGUCUUACUGGAAAUGGUUUGUGUGUCGUUUCAAGACAGAGUUAGAAGAACUCUAUGGUAGAAAGUUUGAAGGCUAUGGUGAAAUCCCUUCUCAAUGGGAAAACAUUCCAAAGGACAAUGCACUCAGAGAGCUGAAAAAACUAUAUCCUUCAGUCAGUCAGAAAGAAUAACUGCAAAUCAGUACACCAUUAGCUUUACUGCUUGGAAAGUGUGUGUAAUGACUAGA